CAACCGCUCCUGCCGCAUCAGCAACGAAGUCGAAGGCCCUAUACAUCUUCAUUUGCAAGACCCUGGUACAGUGAGAUUUUAAGUAGAUACUACGCCAACCCCGCUUUGGAGUCAAUGCCGAAACACGUCUACGAUGGGCUGAUGUGAGGAUGGACGGAUUCGAUGCAGCCGCUCACGAUUCUCUUGGCCCGGCGCCAACACAAAGAACUCCAGAUCCGAUGAGGUUAGUAUGGAACCUCCUUGGCAAGCAGGCGCACACCAGGAAACCUAGAAUAAGGCGAAGAGUACUGAAUAUAUAAGGUUCGAGGUCAGGUUCGUGGUGUCCUUGUGUGCUGGCGGAUGCAAUCAACUUCUCUACCCAUCUCUUCCUCUUUCCUUCAAGCUUCUUGAACUCCAAAUCAGCACCCUCCUUAGUCUUUGACUUCCCACUUUAUUUCAAUAUGCGUACUGCGUUGAGCGCACUCGCGGUCCUUCUCACCCUGGCCAGCUCUGUCAGAGCGGCUCCUGUCGCAGCUCCAUCCGAUGUUGAGCAGCGUGAUGCCUCUGCCGUGCUGAACACGCGGUUCAUUACUUACGAGGAUGGGAUCAAUAAGAGAGAUGAGGUUGAGGAACGUGAUCCCUCGGCAGUGCUUAACUCACGGUUCAUAACCUAUGAGGACGCCAUCAAUAAGAGAGAUGACGUCGAGGAACGUGACGCUUCCGCUGUGCUGAACACCCGGUUCAUCACCUACGAAGACGCCAUCAGCAAAAGAGAUGAAGUGGAAGAGCGUGAUCCCUCUGCUGUGCUGAACAGUCGGUUCAUUACGUACGAGGACUCCGUCAGCAAGAGAGACGAAGUCGAGGAACGCGAUCCUUCGGCUGUCCUGAACAGUCGCUUCAUCACUUACGAGGAUACGUGAGUCCCUCUAUUCCAUUCUUGGCACGGUCAAAAAGUGUACUGACAUGGAAACAGUGCUUAAGCGAGGUAGUAAGCAGGCUUCGCCCUCCGGGCUGCAGACACGCAAGCUAAAGCCACUAGUUUGCGCCAUAAAGAGG